CUAUUGUCGCGAUAUACGCCGUGAAAUCGUUAAAAAAAUGCGAAAUGGUUGCGCUCCUCUAUUCAUUGCUUGUAAACGAGGCUGCGUUCCUAUAGCAGAGUAUCUGGUUACCGUGUGUGAGGCCGAUAUCGAGCAGCGUGGCCUCUAUGAGGUGCCAGAAGAUCGUACAUUUCAUUACGUCACACCACUCUGGUGCGCCGUUGUAUCUGGAAAAUUACCUAUGGUCAAAUAUUUAAUUCGCAUUGGCUGUGAUAUAAAUGCUACUUCAGAUUCAGGAUCAACACCAGUGCGUAGUGCUUGUUUCAUGACACAUGUUGAAAUUGUACAAUAUUUAGUCGAAGCGGGUGCUGAUAUCAAAAAGCCAAACAUGAAUGGCGGAACUUGUCUCAUAAAUUCUGUACAAUCGAUUCAAUUAUGUUUAUAUUUGAUUAAAAAGGGCGCUGAUGUCAACGCCAAGGAUAUACAAGAGAAGACUGCCCUACAUUACGCCAUACAGGAACAUAGAUUAGAAACUACAAAGCUAUUACUGGAACACGGUGCGGACCCAUAUGUAAAAAGUCGCUAUGGCGAUGAUGCAUUACGCACUGCUUGCAUUAAAGGAGCUAAUCAAAUUUUCGAUUAUUUGAAAACGCAUCUCGAAUAUUCGCCCGAGCGCAUUGCUGAGGCUCACGAAUUGAUCGGCUCAACGUUUUUGGAUGAACAUAAUGAAACCAGAGUGGCAAUACUUCAUUGGCGAUUAGCACAUCACAUACGAGCUUCACAUACUCCCUACCUAGAAAAACAGCCAAGAGUACCACUGCGUCCUGCAUAUGGGAAUGCCGUUGAAUUUACGACACUCGAAGAGCUUGACAAUAUUGCUACAGAUAUGGAUGCAAUGCGUAUACAAAGUUUGUUGAUUUGCGAGCGUAUACUCGGCAUAACGCACAAAGAUAUGCUCUUCCGUUUAACUUUUCGAGGCGCCUCUUAUGCCGACUCUCUACAGCUACAACGUUGCAUCGAUUUGUGGCGACUUUUGUUAGAAGUGCGGGUUACGCAUUGCUCCGUACUCCAUUUUGAUACAUGUUAUGCGGCUCAAGCACUAGUACGUUUAAUGAUCGACUUGCACGAACGCUAUAUGCGCAACAGGAAUCAACGUGCAAACGAAAUUUCACCUGCAUUGCUGCAAGGUGAAGCAAAUGCAGUGAAAGAAGAGCCUUUGCCACUGUUCGAAGAUGUAUUCGGCGUAUUUUGCCUACUAACCGAUACAAUCGCCGAUGCGCAAGAAUUGCUGCUAGUACGGCCAGUCUAUCGGAAGCAACAAGAAAAUUUCGAUCGCAUAUUAAAAUGUAUCGCUCAUUUAAUUUAUUUGUUAAUUAAUACGGCAAAUACGCAUGAGCAAAAAAAGUCUGUGUUCUGUGCGGUGCGAGAGCUUGUGCGAGCGAAUGUGCGCAGUGCUUGCACUUGCGACACGUUGUUACAUCUAUGUGUUUCACGCCUGAAUGUCAUAAAGAGUGGUUAUCUGAGCGAUGAGAAUAAUUUAACGAUUGUGUUUCCAAAUGCAAAUGUUAUCAAAUUGCUGCUUGACUGUGGCAUGAAUGUAAAUGCCAAAAAUGAGGCCAAAUCAACGCCAUUGCAUGUUGCCGUGCAACCUUACAAUUAUAGCAAUGAUAUAAUACUAUUAUUGCUAGAACACGGUGCAGAUUUAGACCAGCCAAAUAAAUCAGAUGAGCGACCAUUUAAUUUGAUUGUAAGCAAUCCAGCCAAUACGAUACCACUAAUGAAUUAUAUGAAUCUCAAGUGUCUAUCUGCUACAAUAAUAAGUAAAUACAAAAUUCCAUAUCGCGACCAAAUACCAAAAUUGCUUGAGGAAUUUGUUAAGCAACAUGAACCUUGAAGGUAUACGUAUAUGCCAAAGCAAAAUAUCUGAACGCAAAAUUUUUUUAAAGGCAUUUAAUAUAUAGUAUAUCACUACAAUUAAAACUAUACACCUCUAAUAACUAUGAAAGUCAUACGAACAACAUAAAAAAAUGAAAUGCGAAGCAAAAUUGAAAAAGUGAUAUGUAUUAUAUAUAUAUGUAUAAUUUGCUAUAUUUAUGUGAAUGCUUGUUGUGAGGAAAACGUUUGUAAAUGGUAGCAAAAGAAAAAUUAAUAGUUUGAAUCGAAAAGAAGAAAACAAGCUUGAUCUGCACAAGAAACGAGAUUUUCAUAAGUUAAAAACAUACAGGCAUAUGAAAAAAUGAAUAUUUUCAAAUUAGUUCAACGAUAAACUCAUAGUGUGAGCUAAUUAAAUCCAGGUAAUUAACAAAUUUUUGGUAUUAUCAUACAGGACAUAAGCGUAUACAUAGAUCUAUAGUACAUAAUUGUGCACAUAUAAAUACAAGUAUGUUUUCAAAAAC